ACACACUUCACUACUUCAUAAGCUUGCAUCUGGUCAGGUCUGGGGAGACUCAGUUCAUGGCCCAUGGAUACAUUGAUGGUGAUCUCUUCCUGCGCUACAAGGGAGACAGAAGGAGAGCAGAGGCUUUGAGGGCCAGGAUCAAGGGACAUGCAGGAGCUGAGACCUGGGCAAGAGAAACUGAGGGCCUGUGGAAGAUGGAUAAGCAACUCAGGAGGAUACUGGCCGAGGUCACAGGCCAAGACAGGGGCCUUCACACCAUCCAGGUAACCUUAGGCUGUGAACUUCAGAGAAAUGGGAACAUUGGAGGCUUCUGGCGCCUGGGCUAUGAUGGACAGGAUGCCCUCACCUUUGACCAGAAGAUUCUCACAUGGACAAUGGCUGUGCCAUCCACCCAGCAGACCAAGACCUUCUGGGAGACACAUGCACCCAGAACUGAUCAAGUUAAGACUUUCUUGAAGGGCACAUGUCCUUCCCAGCUCCAGAGACACCUGAAUUCCUUGAGGAACUCUCAGAUGGACACAGGUCCCCCGAAGGUAAAUGUGACCAGAAGGAGAUACCCAGUGGGCAGGAUCACCCUGACAUGUUGGGCUUUUAAUCUGUAUCCUCCUGUGGCCACCCUGACCUGGCUUCGGGAUGGGAAGCCAGUACAGCAGCAUACCUUUGGGCCUAGGACCAUCUUGCCCAGCGGGGAUGGGACCUACCAGCCCCGGACGUCUAUUUGGGUUCUUCCUGGACAAGAACCACAUUUUACCUGCCAUCUGAAGCACUGCAGAAGUAACAUUGAGGCCCCUACUGUCCUUAGCCAUCAAGCCAGGCAAACCGACGGCACCACCUCCUCUGCUGCUGCUCUGGAGGCUUCUGCUCUUUGUACCUUGUUGGUAUUACUAGUCAGCGCCUAGAGCAGCAAGACAGCAA